GGAGAAAGGCUGGUGCAAAAGGAAUGCGCGUUUGCAGGAGGAGGAGUAAAGCGAUGAUUGUGUAAUUAAAUAAUAAAACAAUUCUUAAGUCUGAUUUGGAGAGAGCUCGAGCGGGGUCCAGAGGGUGGAACCGGUGAAUUUUUCAACUUCCAAGUUUUGCAACGAAAGAAAGCGAGAGAGGAGGGGGGGGGGGGGAGAGAAAAGAACCUAAAGCAGAGGAGUUUGGAGUCGAGCGGGAAAGCGGGAUUUAUCGUUUGGGAUUUUUUUUUUUCAGGAGAUCGUUUCGAUCCCCUGGGUUGUGAGCAGCAGCGGGCGGCAGCAGCAGCAGCAGCCGCCGCCUCCACGCUUAGCCAGCAUUUCACCCACAACCAUCAUCCCAACCUAACCCACACCGAACCUUCGUGCAUCCCCAAGCCCCCAACAACAACAACAACAACUGCAAAAACAAAACAAAAAAAGAAAAGAAAACAAAUUCCCCGAUCCUGGCGAAAAGCAACUAACACCGGCGGUGGCGACGGAGGCGGCGGCAGCUCGGCGAGCACGGCCGGCCAGCGCGCCCGGACUGCAAGAGGGUUAAAAGUGUAGAUUGGAUUUCACCCCAGGAAAUCUAGCACGCCGAGUGAACUUGAAUCUUUGGCUAUUUAAGGAGGACUGGGUUUGUUGUGAAGUUGCGGUGAUCCGGCACAGAGCCCCGUCCUGAUUGAUCGCAUCGCGGGGCUCCGAUGAUUGUAACAUGAAUAGAUGAAAUUCUUGCUUCUGGAAGAUUUUCUUGGGCAUCUCCGGGAAAGUGCGUUUUAAGGCGAAGUCAUGAUGUAUUCUCCUAUCUGUCUCACUCAGGAUGAAUUUCACCCAUUCAUCGAGGCUCUUCUUCCACAUGUCCGUGCAAUCGCCUACACCUGGUUCAACCUGCAGGCUCGAAAACGCAAGUACUUUAAAAAGCACGAGAAGCGAAUGUCAAAGGAUGAAGAAAGAGCAGUCAAAGAUGAGCUUCUCAGUGAAAAGCCUGAAAUCAAACAGAAGUGGGCAUCCAGGCUCCUGGCCAAACUGCGCAAAGAUAUCCGCCAGGAGUACCGAGAGGACUUUGUGCUCACCGUGACUGGCAAGAAGCACCCGUGCUGUGUCUUAUCCAAUCCUGACCAGAAGGGUAAGAUUAGGAGAAUCGACUGCCUGCGACAGGCAGACAAAGUCUGGCGUCUGGAUCUAGUCAUGGUGAUCCUGUUCAAAGGCAUCCCUUUGGAAAGUACCGAUGGAGAGCGGCUCAUGAAAUCCCCACAUUGCACAAACCCAGCACUUUGUGUCCAGCCACAUCAUAUCACAGUAUCAGUUAAGGAGCUUGAUUUGUUUUUGGCAUACUACGUGCAGGAGCAAGAUUCUGGACAAUCAGGAAGUCCAAGCCACAAUGAUCCUGCCAAGAAUCCUCCAGGAUACCUUGAGGAUAGUUUUGUAAAAUCUGGAGUCUUCAAUGUAUCAGAACUUGUGAGAGUAUCUAGAACACCCAUAACCCAGGGAACUGGAGUGAACUUCCCAAUUGGAGAAAUCCCAAGCCAACCUUACUAUCAUGACAUGAACUCCGGGGUUAAUCUUCAGAGGUCGCUGUCUUCUCCACCAAGCAGCAAAAGACCCAAGACUAUAUCCAUAGAUGAAAAUAUGGAGCCCAGUCCCACAGGAGACUUUUACCCCUCUCCGAAUUCACCAGCUGCUGGAAGUCGAACAUGGCAUGAAAGAGAUCAAGAUAUGUCUUCUCCAACAACUAUGAAGAAGCCUGAAAAGCCAUUGUUCAGCUCUACAUCUCCCCAGGAUUCUUCCCCAAGGUUGAGCACUUUCCCCCAGCACCACCAUCCCGGAAUACCUGGAGUCGCACACAGUGUCAUCUCAACUCGAACUCCACCUCCACCCUCACCGUUGCCAUUUCCAACACAAGCUAUCCUUCCUCCAGCCCCAUCGAGCUACUUUUCUCACCCAACAAUCAGAUAUCCUCCCCACCUGAAUCCUCAGGAUACUCUGAAGAACUAUGUACCUUCUUAUGAUCCAUCCAGUCCGCAAACCAGCCAGCCUAACAGCAGUGGUCAAGUAGUAGGGAAAGUGCCUGGCCAUUUCACUCCUGUCUUGGCACCCUCUCCCCAUCCCAGUGCAGUGCGACCUGUGACCCUGACCAUGACAGAUACUAAACCCAUCACUACAUCCACUGAAGGUGAGGCAGCUUCACCUACAGCAACCACCUACACAGCCUCAGGCACAUCUCAAGCCAAUCGAUAUGUGGGACUAAGUCCAAGAGACCCAUCCUUCCUACAUCAGCAACAGCUGAGGAUUUGUGACUGGACCAUGAAUCAAAACGGCAGGCAUUUAUACCCCAGUACCAGUGAGGAUACAUUGGGAAUUACUUGGCAAAGUCCUGGUACCUGGGCUAGCUUGGUUCCUUUCCAAGUGUCAAAUAGGACACCCAUCCUACCGGCAAAUGUCCAAAAUUAUGGUUUGAACAUAAUUGGAGAACCUUUCCUUCAAGCAGAAACAAGCAACUGAGGGAAAAAGAAAUACAACAAUAGUUUAAGAAAUUAAAAAAAAUAUAUAUAUAUAAAGGAAGCAAGGAAGACUGGACAAAACAAAAAGGGAGAAAGGAAAGAAACUGAAGAAAAGAAGAUAGACCAGCAAUUGCAGCACUUACAAUCACUAAUUCCCUUAAAGUUGAAACUAUAAUGACAUUCAAAAGGGUCGAUGAUAUUUCACUGAUGGUAGAUCGCAGCCCUGCAACGUAGCCUUUGUUACAUGAAGUCCGCUGGGAAAUAGAUGUUCUGUCUCUAUGACAAUAUAUUUUAACUGACUUUCUAGAUGCCUUAAUAUUUGCAUGAUAAGCUAGUUUUAUGGGUUAGUAUUUCUUGUUGUUUACGCAUGGAAUCACUAUUCCUGGUUAUCUCACCAACAAAGGCUAGGAGGCAACAUCAGAGGUGCUGGGUGACAGAGCUAUGAGCCAGCCAUUUUAUAAGCACUCUGAUUUCUAAAAGUUAAAAAAAUAUAAAUAGAAAAUCUCUGUAGCCUUUAGUUAUCAGUACAGAUUUAUUAAAUUUUGGCCCUUAACCCAGCCUUUUCCAGUGUGUAACCCAGUUUGAAAUCUUAAAAUUAAAAAAAGAAAAAGAAAAAAAAAGAGGAAAAAAGGAAAAAAAAAAAGAAAAAAAAGGAAAAAAAAAAACCAGUUUGAACACAAAGGCUCUAUGGAAGAAAUGCCUCUAUGUAGGUGAAGUGUUAUCUCUGCAUGCAACAGUAAAAAUUAAUAUAAUAUUUUCCCCACAAAAGAAACACUUAACAGAGGCAAGUGCAAUUUAUAAAUUUAUAUCUAAAGGGGAAUCAUGAUUAUAAGUCCUUCAGCCCUUGGACUCUAAAUUGAGGGGAUUAAAAAGAAUUUAAAAUAAUUUUGAGCGAAUUUAUUUUCUCCUCAGUUUUUGAGGGCAUUUUAAAAAGGCAUUAAAUCAAGACAAAUCAUGUGCUUGAGGAAAAAAAAAUGAAUGAAAACACAGCACUUAUGUUGGUUUAGCUGCAGCCUCCGUGGAGGUAGAAUUUAUUUAUUUAAAAUUACUGGUUGCAUCAAGAACCCAUAGGGUGUACAAAAGUUUCUAUAAAAUCUGCAUUUUAGAGGCAAAGAGGCAGGCAAAUCCAUGUCACAAGGGUAAAGCUUACAGUUUACAAACUGGGAAUGCCAGGGUGUUGGAUAUAAAAACGCACUCUUGAGAAAACACAUGGAAUCAGGGUGCUGAAAACUUGCAUGGUGCUUUCAGACAUUAGCCUUGUUCAACAAAUUUCUUGUAUUGACAGAUCCGUAGUGUGCAUGGGCAGACACAUUUUUGCCUCUGUCUCUUAAAAUUUUAAUUAAAAAAUACUCUUUCCAGUAAUCCUAAUUUGCACGAAGAUAUAAUGUCCACAUUACGUGCCUUGCCUUGAAAUCGAAAAAACAAAAAAGAAAAAAAAGAAGAAAAAAAAACACAAAAAGUGACAUCACUACACUUGUUUUGCUGCAUUUAUUAUCAUUUUAAAUCUUUACCAUUUUUAUGACAAAAUAUUUUGUACUCCAGACGAAGAAAAAUGUGUGACAUCAUGGAUUUUUUAGACAGUUAUACCUUUAUCUCACAUUUAUAAAGCAUAUCAUGGCUGUGUAUAGUUGCCGCUUAAAAAUUGUAAUCGACCAGCAAUAUUUUCAGUAUUUUGGUGUUUUUUCUAUUAACUUUUCAUGUUUUUCAUCUUCCAAUUAAUAUUUGGGGGGGAGGGGUUUCAAAUUUAUACGAAUUAUGCAAUACCAAGUUUUGCCUAUGUAGGUAGUGCUUUUAGCUGUAUUGGUUAUUAUAGGUAAGUACACAGAUUUAAAAAAAAAUAAUGUAUGCAUUUUCUUUUGUUUGUUUGUUUUAAUUGACCAAAGUGGGUACUGCUAUUUUUGCAGUGUGAUGAGGUCCUUUUGUGUACUGAGAGAUGGACAGGGGAUUUUUUUUUUCUAUACAUAUAUAUACUCUGGGGUGGGUGGGAGGAUUUUUUUUUAACACUUUACAGUGUAGCUGUGAAGCAGUGCACCCUGAGAUGGACCUGGGCUGCAAAGCGACUUCUGCCUACUGUGACAAACUUCAACUUACACAGGUUUUCCCUCUCUGAUUUCCCACCUGGGGUGCAAGCUGAACUCAUUUCUGGUUUUCAAAACAACGGAAGAGUAAGAACAAGCAAACACAACAAAUUCUCUUAGAGACAGACUUGGCUUGACCUUUUUUUUUUCUUUUAAAGAAACAAGAAUGAUCUUAUUUUAGUUGUUGGUAGCUGUUCUCGAAAGUUCUAGAUCUACAGUGGAGAGUGAGCCUGUCUCAUAUUUGGUAAAGACAUUCUUUUUUUUUUUAUCCCACACUUCAGGGUUAAACACACAGCAACAUGUUUUCUCUAGCAAAACCCAUUCGCCCAGCUGGAGGAAGUGUUUGUGGAUCCUUUCCCUGGGUCUGCCCUGUUCAAUGUCAUUGGAUUCAUGAUAGGAUAGGAUAUACCUGCAUCUUCCUACUUCCCAUGGAUCGCAGUGCACUUGGAUUUUUAAAGUUUUUAACUAGCCACAAGAUUAAAUGUAGAAUUGCUGUUAUUGAAUGUAUUUGGACUGAUAGAUUAAAAUCAAAGUUCUUUUUUUUUAAGGGACAAAAUAAGUAAAUCUUGUUCUAUUUCCCUGCCCUUUUAAACUAAAAACUAGAGUGGAGAGGUAUCUAGAAUUUUUAGAAAGUCAUUUUCCUGUGGACAAAUUAAGCCUAUAAAUACGGAUUUUCUAUUAAAGGGAUGGUACUUCACAUCUAUAUAUUUGAUUUAGUUCCCCCUAAGGACUAGGGGUGAAUGAAGGUUUGUUUUAUUUUACCCUCUUCUCACCCCACCCCCAGUCCUACUGAGUGAAUUCAUUACUAGAGGGAGAAUCUUUCAGAAUUAGUGACACACUGUAGGCUGUCUUGAAGAACUCCCUGACCCCCUGUUCCCCAGGCCAUGGCUUAAUAAAAUAAACUGUCAAUUGUUCUCUCAGCAUAUCAUUUAAUAAUGAAUACUUUAGAACAAUGCUGAUGGGCUAGGGAAUUGUAUUUGAUUAGCCUAAAUGCUGGAUGGCACAGUGGGAUCCUAGAGCACAAGUUCCAAAGGAAGUCCCACCAUGUCUGUGAUACUUUCCCUGCGUCAGACAACAGAUCCUCUCAGCCAAGCUGUUUAUGUAGUAUCUUUGACCUAUUAGGUGAACAACUCAAUCUCCCAGGACACACAGUAUUCUUCAUGGGCAGACUCGCUCUCAGUUUUGCCAGUGAACGAGGAGUUGUAGUUAAAUUCAGUGAUGCACUGUGGGUAUUCCUGCCUGCCUCUUGAAUAUAAAGAAAGGCCUAGUGCAAGUGUUGCUUUCUCUUUUUCUUUUAUUUUUUUAAAUCCAUUUUUUUCUUCUUUCCUUUUGAGAGAAACCUAUUAAAAUACUACUAUAUAUAUAAUCUCAACUCCACUCUCAGCCUCCUCUUCUACUGGGAAGUAUUUUCUGACUAAGGGUCCCACUUUUUUGCAGAUCUUGCACACCCCUCCCUUAUCCAGAACUGCAGAGCUCAGGAGGGUGAAAGUCACCCAAGGGCAUCUGUACGGGGUGGGUGUCUUCAGCCACCAGUUUGUGGCACUGUCCAAUCUUUAUUAUGAUGCUUUGCAGUCCAUCACUCACAGUGCCUCAGAAGCAUAGUUCCCUUGGAGUGGCGUGAGCAUUUGAGGCUUGUCUAAGGAAAAUAAAACAGAAAGGCAGUGAAGGAGACUGUACAUAAAGACAUGGCAAGAAUCUUAAUUAUAGCAAUAUAGUUAUCGGGUAAUGUUCGGGUGGGCAGCUCCAUUAAAGAAUAUGUGAAUGAAUCUGUGAAGCUGCAAAGUAGCAAGAAGAGCGGAAGGUCUUCUUAAUGAACCGCCUACCUUGUAGACAGUAAUUUGUACACUGUAUAGUUUUGUUAAGAUUUUUUUUUAAAUUAAAUUUCCCAUGUUUGUAAAGCUAACUUUUUAACAAUUAUAAUGGAACUAUAUGUUGUUUCCAUUUUUAAAGUAAACAAGAAUAUUCCUUGUUUAGAGACUGGACUUGAGUUAAAACUCUCCAGGCUCUUAAGUUAUGUAUUAAAAAAAAAAUCUGUCCAUGUUAGGAGAUAUUUCACAGAUUCCUGUGCUUGAAAAGCAUGGGACACUAAUCCUUUAAAAAAGUGUAAAUGGAGAAAAGUUAUAUUUUAUGAAGGUUAUUUUGUUGUAUUUAGUAUUGGAAAAGUUGGUUUUCAGAGCAUUUCAGAAUGUUGGAAGCACCACUGUCUUUUUAUUAGUAUAUAAGGCCUUUAGCAAAAGUUUUUUUUUUUUGUGAUUAUUACGUGAUGGUAUUUAAGGUUAAGUUUCACAGAGCAUUCAGGAUAGGCAGAAAACGAAAAUAGUGCUAUGUCUCAUAAAAUGUGUCCUCAGGGAGCAGAAUCUUGGAUUUGUGACUUGUAGCUUCAUAAGGACUCAACAGAAGAGAUUGCACAGGAACAUCUUCAGCCGUAUGACAGCAGGACAUGUUCUCUACCUAGACUCAGAGUCUAUGUACCAUGGGAAACGAUGAAGGCUGCAAAAAGUUAUCCCAUAUUCAGUGUACAGUAUUCAUUCUUAAUGAAACAACUCUCCAAUAUUGCUGGCAGAUAGGCCCCAGGCAUGACAUUCAAUAUAGUUUACAUGUUCCUGUCAAGGUCUUUUGUUAACAUUAACCAGCUGCAUGCUUCCUAGACUUUUAAGAAAUUGGGUUUCUAUAGAAAACUUUUUUUUUUUUUAAUGUGCAGGCUAUUCAAGUUCAAUAGUAAAAGUUCAAAAUUGAAUGUCCUACUUCAUGCUGAAGGAGCUGAAAGCUGCCUUCUUCAUAUUUUGCACUUUCUGGUAGUUCCCUCCUCCCCUUGUUUUUCUAAUUCCUUAAAAUUGUGUGGGUGGAGAGGAGCCCUGCAGUUGGGGGGGGGGGGGGUGGGUAACAUGGACCACUGAUUUUGC